UCAAUCUCAUUUCAAAACCCUAAUUUUUCUCCAACAACCUGCAACAUGACUGUCAGAUCUUGAAUUCAUGAUUGUCUGUGCAACCUCAGAAACUGAGUGGGGCUGUCUUUUAUGGGUCUUUGGGACAUUCCCUGUUCUUGAUGCAAAUUUCUACGGACGCUCAAUCUUUUCAAUGGAGAAAGAGCUAAAGAAAAUGGGUGUAACUACCCAAUUUGAAGAUGGUGCCAAGUUUGUGGCUGCUGGACUUUACUUACAUGAGUGUUCAAGUAGCAUUACUCCUGCAAGUGUUUAUGCGUUGCUGGAUUCUCUCAAGAGACUCAAAGAAAGGAAACUAGAGAUCCCUGCUAAGUUUCUUGAUAAACUAUUCCAGAAGAAUUGGUUAAAACCCCAUUUUGGAUACAAACGCCCGAACGAGUGUUUGCUUUUCUAUUCUGCCUGGGAUUCUUUCUUGAAACGCGAUGAUGGUCCGUUCAUUGAUGAACAGUUUUACGGAUCUCGUAUUGAAUCCUACAAGGAGGAGCUCACUUUUCUAGAGGUGAUAACCGAUAUUAACAACAGAUCCCAGGAGCUUGUUGAUGACGACGACAAAAAAAAAUGGCUACCAAGAGGAACUGAUAACGGAGAGUGGGUGGAGACAUCUGAGGAGUUGAACCAAGAAAUAGACGAUGAAUUAUAUUGUUGCAUGUUGUUGGAGAGAAAUUAGAGUUUUGAAAUGGGAUUGAUUUGGGGAAGAAGAUGGCUUUUGUUAUGAUAUAUAAUAUUUUUUUCUUUUAGAGUAAAUUACAAGUUU